AUGAAUCACUCCUAGUUGAAGCUUCGUAGUUGGCUGUGCGUGCGCGGUGCACGAGUUCUCUGCGCUGAUGUAGUGUGUGACCUCACUUUUUGCACAGCUGUGUGAGAAACAGCGAACGCCAGAGCGAGCCCCAGUCGGGGGAGUUACCUCAUGUUCCCGAGCAGUCAGUAUGUAUUGCACGGUCUCUGCAACAUUCUGUGUAGAUCAAGAGAUAUCGUCUGAAGUAAGCAACAUUAUUACAGACUAAAAUGGACGAGUCGUCGCUUCUGGAUCUACUAGAAUGCUCUGUGUGUUUGGAACGACUGGACACAACCGCCAAAGUAUUGCCCUGCCAGCAUACCUUCUGCCGCCGUUGCCUCGAAAACAUCGUGAGUUCCCGCAACGAGUUGCGCUGCCCUGAGUGCCGUAUACUGGUAGAUUGUGGGGUAGAUGAUUUACCAGCCAACAUACUCCUGGUCCGGCUUUUGGACGGAAUUAAACAGCGUCCGAGGAAUGGAGGAAGACCCUCUCUCACCGGGAUAUCGCUUGGAUGUGCAGCCGGCAUCUCCGCUUCUCCUCCCGGAACGGCCAUCCGAGACUUACCCAUCGCCACACGGAGCUCUCCAGUCAAGAAUGUUCCUCAGCUGCCCUGUGGGAAGGCCCUGUACAGCUAUGAAGGGAAGGAGCCGGGUGACCUCAAAUUCAACAAGGGCGACAUCAUCAUCCUGCGCCGCAAGGUGGACGAGAACUGGUAUCACGGGGAGCUGAACGGCAGCCACGGCUUCCUCCCGGCCAGCUACAUCCAGUGCAUUAAGCCCCUGUCCCAGACCCCGCCGCAGGGCAAGGCCCUCUACGACUUUGAGGUCAAGGACAAAGACCAAGACAAAGACUGCUUGACUUUCACCAAGGAUGAGAUUCUGACUGUGAUUCGGAGGGUCGACGACAACUGGGCAGAAGGAAUGCUGGGAGAUAAAAUUGGGAUCUUUCCCAUUUUAUACGUGGAGCUGAACGAGACGGCCAAGCAGCUGAUGGAGAUGGACAAGCCCGCUCCGGUGCCCGGCCCCAGCACUGACCCCGGCCCCCCCGCCGCCGGGCCCUGCCCGAGCCCCUCCAGCAGCACUGCCACCAGCGACAACGGCUCCGGCUCCGGCGGCUCCAGCUCCGGCGUUGGCAGCAGCGGCAGCAGCAGCGCCAGCAGCGCCAUCCACCGGCGCGCCGAGGGCAAGAAGAACGCCAAGAAGCGGCACUCCUUCACCGCCCUCAGCAUGACUCAGCGCACGGCGCAGGCGCUCAACAACCGCCACUCCAUGGAGAUCAGCGCGCCCGUGCUCAUCAGCUCCUCCGACCCGCGCGCCGCCGCACGCAUCGGCGACUGCCCGCACCUCUCGUCCAGCGCCCCGCCUCAGGACACCUUCGUGGGCUCCUCCAGCAGUGGACUGGUGCUCUCUCCGCGGGUGGCGUCGGUGACCGGCGAGCUGCUGGCCGCAGCCAAGGUCCAGCUGCCGCUCAACAUAUACCUGGCCAUGUACGCCUACAAGCCGCAGAAGGCGGACGAGCUGGAGCUGCGUAAGGGCGAGAUGUACCGCGUGAUGGAGAAGUGCCAGGACGGCUGGUUCAAGGGCACCUCGCUCCGCAGCGGAGCCUCCGGCGUCUUCCCCGGCAACUACGUCACCCCCGUCUCUAGGGCUCCGUUCGCCCGUGGGCCAGGCGCGGGCGUGCCUCCCCACCCAGGCCCAGGCGCUCCGCUCCCUCUCGAAGCUGCCGGCUCGUCAGAGGGCAGCCGGGAACAGGAACUGCUGGUCGGCAGAGUGCUCAUGCAUUUCAGCCGGUGUGCCUUCAAAGGCUCAGUUCACAGUCCUCCGGCUGGGAGUCCGGAGCGUCCCACGGCGGCCGUGUCCCCCCUGCGCCCCCAGGGCUCCCCGUCUCGCUCGCCGGGCCCCUCGGGCCGGCCGCUGUCCAUGGUGUCCCCGCAGCACUCCCACCACGGCAGCCCCCUGUCGCCGGCCGCGCCCCACCGCUCCCUCAUCCUGAUCCCCCUCACCUCGGCCGCCGCCGCCAUCACCCCGCCCAACGUGAGCGCGGCGCACCUGAACGGCGGCGAGGUGGGGGCCGGCCCCCUGCUGCCCCCCUCGCCCGCGCACGGCUACGCCCACGCACACGCCCACCACGCACAGGGCGCCGGCGCCAAGCUGGAGGAGAAGAAGGCCGAGAAGAAAGAGAAGAAGGGAAGCGGCCUGCUCAAGCUGCUGUCGGGCGCGGCGGCCAAGAAGAAGUCCCGCUCGCCGCCCUCCGUCUCGCCGACGCACGAGCCGACGCACUCGCCGGCCGCCGCCGCCUCCGAGGCGCUGAUGGCGGGCGCCCUGAUGGGCGUGGCCCCCGACCUGCACCCGGUGGGCGGCCACGGGCGCGCCGGCUCCUGCCCCAUCGAGAGCGAGAUGCAGGGCGCCAUGGGCAUGGAGCCGCUGCACCGCAAGUCGGGCUCGCUGGACCUCAACUUCUCCGUGUCGCCGCCCGCGCGCCAGGCCUGCUCCUCGCUGCUGGCCAUCCGGCCCGAGCCCAAGCCGCUGUCCCGCGAGAGGUACCGGGUGGUGGUGCCCUACCCGCCGCAGAGCGAGGCGGAGAUCGAGCUGAAGGAGGGCGACAUCGUCUUCGUGCACAAGAAGCGGGAGGACGGCUGGUACAAGGGCACGCUCCAGCGCACCGGCCGCACCGGCCUCUUCCCCGGCAGCUUCGUGGAGAUCUUCUGA